AUGCAGAAUCCUAUGUUCACGGGUCCAUGUGAAAAUUUAUGGACUGAUGACGACUUUGUAGCCUUACUCGGGCAGGAUUUUGGCAACCAUUUGUCCUCUCCAAGAAGCAAUUCGACAUGUUGUUCAGUUUUGAUUAAUAACAGCAUUCCAAGCAACAACUUGAACUCGAACAACUCUUUCUACACUUCUUUUAGUCUCGAACAACAAACGAUCUUACAGCAAGCGCCAGACAGUUACUCACAGUUUCCAAACAUGAUAAAUCAGGGCUGCGUGAUUAAUUAUCCUGCGGAUCAAGAUUCUUCAGACGCCAUCGUUCUGAACAUUGGAAACCGCAAUCCUUCACAAAAUAUCCAGCAGCUGCAGGUGCAAUUGAAUCCGGAAAAAGGAAGUGUAGUAGGCCCUGAAAUAGUGGUGGCACAAGGGUCAAAUCAUGAAGAUGAUGUGGGGGUUAAGCGUGAGCCGGCAAAGAAGAAAGGUCGAAUUCGGGGGCCAUCACAGAGCUACGACCACAUCAUAGCCGAGAGGAGGAGGCGCGAGCAGCUCAACCAGUUAUUUGUAGCGCUUUCCGGUCUUGUGCCCGGUCUUAAGAAGGUACUUAUUUUGCUCCAAAUAUCAUAA